AAAUCAUGCUCAUCUCAAAAAUUCCACAAUACCAGAAAUUGGAUGAUCAAUCAAACUAAAGCAAAGAAUUCAAUGAACAAAACAAACACAAUCAAAAAUGUUAUCCAUUUCUCUCUCUAACACUCUCAACCAUUCCACUCUCACAACCAAACACACAUUCUCUUCCCUUUUCCUUUCAUCAUCUACCCUCCAUAGCCAGACCUCCACAUACGCAUUAAAAUUCCUCAAAAACCCAUCUUUUUCCCAUUUCUCAAGAAAUUUUCCAACUUUCUUACCAAAAUCUUCAAACCCAGAAUCAGAACCAGAGGUUUCUACAACAGUUGAAGAUGAAUGGCUUAGUAGAUUGCCUGAUAAGAAGAAACCUUUGUAUGCCCAUAGUUUACCUUGCAUUGAAGCUUGGCUUAAAAGCUUAGGGUUUUAUCAAAGUAAUGAAGAUAGAGCUGUUUGGUUUAUUGAAAAACCUGAAUGGCAUGCUCAACUUUCACUUGAUAUCACUGAUCUUUACAUAAGAUAUUUGAAGAGUGGAUCUGGUAAUCUAGAAAAAGACAUAGAGAGGAGAUUCAGUUAUGCCCUUAGUAGAGAAGACAUCGAGAAUGCUGUACUUGGAGGACCGUAAGAAAUGAAUCCUCGAUUCAUCUGCUCGUAUAGAAACUUUUGUAAGCCAUAUGCUGAUUCAUUAGUUUGUUGAAAUCGAUUUUCAUUUUUUUGGCGAUUGUACACGCUUGAAAUCCAUACAUGCUCUUCGCAAAACAUUAGAUAUGCUAUUAACACAGAUGAAUGAAAACGAGUUUUUGGAUCAA